GCCCACUGAGAUGCACAGCUGCUUGUGCUGCCUACUCAUCAGCCUAAGUUGCUCGUCACUGGUCUACAGCCAAACAGAUCUCCCUGGUUGGAAAUAUUUCCUGAUAUUCAGUGUCUAUACAUUUUAAUUUGCUGAUUUAUUCUAUGUUACUAUUUGCAUUGCGGUAGGAUCCAAGAGCCUCAGUCACGGAUCAGGAUUCCAUUGUGCUAGGCACGGUACAAACACAGGGCAAAAAGCCAGUCCCUGUCCCCAAAGAGCUGACAAUCUAAGUAUAAGAUAAGAGACAACAGGAGGAUAAAGAAAAAGGCACAGGAAUUCCCCCUAGUUCUAGCGUAUCCACUUCCCUAUACUUUAAUGUUCUUAUUUCACUUUACCACACAGCAUCAGUUUUCAUUAAGUAUUUAAUUUUACCAGGGCUUGGUGUGUUUUUGUUUGUUUUUUAAGAAAGCUAUAAACUACUGCUUUACCUAUUUGUUUAUCUAAAAAUCUAGAAAAGAAGAGGCAAUUCUAAUUCAUUGGAAAAUUCAUUUGCUUAAAAAACCCUUUUUAUAGCUGAUAUUUUUUCCAGCAGACCCCCAAUAACAAAAAUCCACCUAUUUAUUCACAAUAAAAGGCAUCACCAAGUUAUUUAUCUUUGGAUAGACACAAGGAACCCAUCUGAAAGCACUAUACAAAGGAGGUUAAUAUCAUUAUCCUUGUUCUAUGGCUGAGGAAACCCAGGCCUAAGGGCUCCCAGCACACCAGAGGCAGGAACACAACCCUGCUCCUCUGAAUAGCACUCUAGCGCUAUAUCCAUUAGGCCAUACUACUCUGGUGUUGUAAAAGUGCCUAGGUGCCUCAGUCAUGGACUGAACCCCCAUUGUGUAGAGCACUGUACAAACAGGACAAAAAGACAUUUUCUGCCCCAAAAAGCUUACAAUCUAAGUACCAAUCCUGAGCAGCAAAGUCUCAUAAAUCUUUGGCUCUUCUCCAAGUGGCUACACACCAGCCUUGUCUCCAAGACAAAGGAGAGAACCAUAACAAUAAUUCCUGUCAUAGGAUACAAUGGCUCCUUUAUCCUCUCUCCAGUCUAAUAGGUAAUCUGUACCAAGCCUCACUCUGAUCCAGAACUCCCCCUUACAAGGGGAACAGUACUGUGUUUAUUGGUGUUGUGGGUUUUUUACGUGCACAGCGGUCACAGAGACAAAGGCAGUGCUAUUUCACUCCUGCUGCCCAACACAAAGCUGGCAGAAUGUGCCUGGGGAGACAGAGUUGAUUUGGCUUGUGGCAUCAUCUGUUUAAUAGCAACUUGAAUUGGCGUAAUCCACCAGGGGUGUCAGCCAGGUGCCAUCAUGUCUCCUGAGGACACGUAUGCAAUGGGCCUGACUUACCUGGCACACAACACUCAUGGUUCUAUGCAGAGACAAGGGAUGGCCAGCAUGGCAGUGGGUGAAGGCCCAUGAGAAGAAGGCUAGCCCAGCCCCACCCCUUCCACCUGAGGCCCUGCCCCUUCAGCAACUUCCCUCCCCUCCCCCCCAUGGAGCCAAGCCCUGCCUGACCCCAUCCCUAUCCUUCUUGGCCCCCUGGAGGGCAGAGUACACCACGCUGCACCCAGGGCCCACCCCAGCAGCUGUGAAAAUGGGCUCCCACGGGAGAGUGAGACACAAACCAACAGGCUGCCAUUACCACAGGUUGUGGAGAGUGAUGGAAAAGCACAGUCAGUGCUGGGGGCGGGGAGCGGAGCAUGAGAGCCCUCCCUCAGCUCUGCUUCUCUCAUCCCUCCCCCACCCCUGAAAACAUUGUGCUCCUGCAGGUCAUUGUUUGCUCUACCCCCUUCCCCAGUAGCUUUCCUUUGACUGGGAUGGAGAGAGAAGAGCACCAGGCUGCAAGAGCAGCUGUUUGCAUGUAGUGCUAGUGCAGAGGGCUUUGUUCCAGACUCAGACACUGACAACGCAAAGCCUCUUACAGGAGUAAAAUGCAGCCCCACAGGGUGGAUGGCCCCUGCCAAACAGGCCAGACUAGUGUGUCCACUAGUCCUGGCCUCUGUCUCAAGCUGGGCCAGUACUAACUGGCUCACUGGAGUGGGGAAUUCUCAAAUGGGGCUGAUUUGGCAGUUGGAAAUCAAAACCCAUAACAAAAAAUCCAAGUGGGGAAGCUCAGAUACUAGGACCCUGAAAACAAGCCAGCCCAUCAGCAGGGGUCUGCCAGUUCAGCAGCACAGUAACAACAAUCCUAUGUCUCACAGAAACAGCCCCUUUCCGCUGAACAACCCAAAAUACUUCACAAACACUGGCCUUGAUUCUUCAGGGAUGCUGGUGAGAACAGAUGCCAACAUGAAGCAGAGCAGCUGGGCUGGAGUCACAUACAGGAGCCUGAAACAGACCUCAGAAGCUGAGGGGGGAACCUCAGGAGAGAGUCAGAGAGAAGCCAAGACCUGAGUGCCAAGCAGCAAGUCCCUUGUGUACCUCUGAGCCUCCCUUCGCCUGCAGGCCUGGGGGAGAUGAGCAUUUCUUCGGAGCACAGACCCCUUGGGAAACAAGUCACCAGCAGCCUGCAAACGCUGUCACCAAUUGUGGAGUUAAAUGUUGGUGGGGAGGUGUACACAACAAUGCUGAGCACCCUGAAGAAACACCCAGGCUCCAAGCUGGCAGAGAUGUUCACUGGCCAGCCCAAGCUCAGGACUGACUCUGAGGGGAGGUUUUUCAUUGACAGGCCAGGCACCUAUUUUAAGUACAUCUUGGAAUACCUCCGCAGUAACCAGGUGCCCACCCAGUGCAUCCAGGACGUGUAUAAAGAAGCACUAUUCUAUGACAUCGAGCCGCUGGUCAAGCAGCUCGAGGACUCCCCUCAGAUUUUUGGUGAGGUGGUGGCAAGGAAGCAGUUUCUGGCCCGUGUGCCCAACUACAGCGAGAACAUUGAGCUGAUGAUUCGCAUCGCCAGGGCAGAGGCGGUAGCAUCCCGCCAGUCCAGCGUCACGGUGUGUGUGGUCAAGACCGAGGAGGACGUAGCCAAGUGUCACGAUGCCCUGAGCAGCUUGGACAUGGAUAAGAAAUCGGUGGUGAAGUUUGGCCCCUGGAAGGCGACGCCGAGCAUUUCUGAUCUGCUGGAUUGCAUUAAAAUGGACAUUGAAGCCAAAGGAUACAAGAUCUCCUUCCAGCCCCACACCACGGAGAAAGGCUUCCGGUUCAAAUCCUACAUCUUCUUCUACAAAUUUCUGUUCACAUGGUGGUAGCCAAAUGGAACUGUUGGCAGUGAUUUUAAAUGGCUCUUCAAAUAAAUAGAUUUCUGUUUUAAUACAGAGAAUCUCUACCUAUGGCCCUUCCUGCAGAACCUUUUGGAAACCAAGCUGUGGACAGUGGUGUAGAUGGGAAGAGAAGAAGGGGCCAAUGAAAGAAUCUCUUGGAUUUUACCUGCCAAAUUCAACAGAAAUUAAGAACCGCUGUUUUAAUAGGUACAUUUUUUAAAAGGAGAGAGAUCCUCACAUUUCUAAGCCUUUCUCAUCCAACAUGCAUAGGCCUUCUGUGCCUUUCUGUCCCUUCUGCUUACUUCACUGAGAAGUAACAGUCCUGCAGAGUCAAGGCAGCUAGAGAAGAAUAAGCUGGAUUUCAUUCUUUGUUGGGGUGGGCAAGAUCUAGCCCGUGGGCUGGAUCCGGCCCACCAAGCCAUUUCAUCCACCCUGCCACCCACCCUGCC